AUGUCUCCAUACCAACUUGUAUAUGGGAAGACUUAUCACUUUCCGGUCAAGCUAGAGCAAAAGGUGAUAUGGGCAAUGAAAAAACUGAAGUUGGAUUGGACUGAAGCGGCAGAACAAAGACUAAAUCAGUUGAACGAGCUAGAUGAAUUUCGCCUAAAGGCCUAUAAAAGUUCAGUUAUUUACAAAGAGAAGAUGAAGAAGUAUCACGAACAAAGGACUGAAAAGCGAGAAUUUGCAGUUGCUGAUUUGGUGCUGCUAUUCAACUCUAGGCUACACUUGUUUCUAGCCAAACUCAAGUCCAAGUGGAUAGGGCCAUUCCUCAUCGCUAAAGUGUUCCCACGUGGAGCAUUUGAGUUGGAGAAUAAGGAAGGCGCAAAGUUCACAGUCAACGGGCAAAAUGUAAAGAUAUAUCUAGGACAUGCGGAGAGUGUGCAUGAAGUAGUUGAGGCCUACAUUCUUGAUGAAGUCUGA